AUGGCCGAUUCCACUACUUCCAAACUAAACUUGAGUACAGAGUCCAUUCAGGUUGCAGCUAAAGAUGCUCAGGAAGUCCAGAUCACCAACCAGGCGGCAGCUGAAGAUGGUUGCCUGACCAAGAUCACAUUCAUGGAUCCUAAAUUGUACGUGGCUGCAGCAGAUGGUCACAUCCAUGUACUUGAGCAAUAUGAUGAAAUUCAUGUCCAACUAACCCCAAAAAAGAACACAGUUCUUCAUGUUGCAGCCCAAUUCGGUCAAGCGGACUGCGUUCAGUGGAUCCUUCAGUUGCCUUCUCCUUCAUCACUAUUGCAACAACCCAAUGAGAAAGGUGACACUCCACUUCACCUUGCAGCCAGAGAAGGGCAUUUGACGGUGGUGAAAAAUCUGAUCAACGCUGCCAAACAACUUCAAGAAGGAGACUCGGAGAGAGGAGGUACAGCAGUUUGUAAGGUGAUGCUGAGGAUGACAAAUGAGGACCAAGACACAGCCUUGCACGAGGCAGUGAGAUAUCAUCACCCUGAGGUGGUGAAGUUAUUGAUUCAGGAAGACCCCGACUUCACCUAUGGUGCUAAUACGCAGGCAACACUCCUCUUUACAUCGCUGGCUGAGUGUGGAUUCGGAGACUUGGUGCAGAUGAUCCUAGACAAUGCGCUUCACCAGCUCAUAGUGGCAUCAAAGAGAAGUUCUGAAAGGUAUGUUGUCUAUCUAGGCGUCAAAGACCAUGGAAACAGGACAGCUCUUCAUAUUGCAGCGAGUCGCGGCCAUGUGGACGUAGUGAAGGUGCUGGUCUCACACUUUCCAGAUUGUUGCGAGAAAGUUGAUGAUGAGGGCAAUAAUGUUCUUCACUUGAUUAUGCCAGAAAUAAAAAUAUUUGUAACUUCGGGUUUGUCAAACAUUCGCUGGUUAAGGGUGAGAGGACUCAUGAAUGAGAAGAAUGUUGAAGGAAAGACACCCCUCCAUCUGUUUCACACUUCUCCCUUGUCUAAGGAUGACAACAAUAUCAUACCUCCAGAAACGAUCUUCACGUGGAUAUUGGACACCUUAGUAAGAUUAGGGAUUCGGGAGCGAAGCUCCAGAGUUAGAAUGAGACCCUUAGGUUCGCCAGAGAUCAAGGAAGACAGUGGAAGCAGCGAAAGGAAAGAAAGUGAAGAAAUAUCUGAAAUAAAGAGAACAAUUAAAAGCCAUAUGAUAGUGGCGGCACUCAUAGCAACCGUAACCUUCGCGGCAGGUUUCACACUACCUGGUGGUUACAUUCAGAACGAGAGCAAUAACCAGGGCAUGGCAGUCUUGUCGCUCCCUACCAAUGGAACCAAGGGCAAGGACCGAGACAUGGCAAUUGCAGUAAGGGACAGUUUCAAAAGUUUUGUCAUACAAGAUAGCAUUGCCAUGGUACUUUCUAUAUGUGCUAUUGGUAUGUUUUCCAUUGCGUCAUUCCCUACAAAAAAUAAGAAGACCGUUCUGGCAUACUUACUUUUCGGCAAUUUUCUCACCAUGAUUGCAAUGGUUGCAAUGGUGUUCGCAUUUGUUGAUGGCCUGGCAGCUGUGCUACAUCGUUCUUCAUUGCUUGAAGUUAUCACCGGUUACAUCCUUCCGGUCUUUAUUUUGCUUUUGUUUUCUAUUCUAGUUGUUCAUGCAUGGGCACCCCCCCGAUGGUUGAUUCUGUAUAUAUGGCAAAAGUUGAGACUUGUACAACAAUGUAAGUCCUUUUAGUCAUGUUUCAAGUCUUUCAUACUGCUUAUGCUUUUACCAUUAACUUUCCUAUUACAUUUAGAAAUGAGGGAAACAUAUGCCCUUUUUUUUAAAAA